CACUCUCCACUCUGGAGUGACCCACACCAGUCCAGGCUCAGCUCACUCACACGUCGCCAUCCCAGUAACCGCACCCCGCCCCGCCGCCCCUCCCGCAAAAAACCAACGGUUCCCCCGCGGCACCCCCACCCCACUGACCAACGAUGGUCGCCGCCGGCCGCAAGCGCUCCCGCCUGGCGCCCCGGUCGCCGGCGACGCGCCCCCGGUCGCCGCCGCCGCAGCUGACGGCGCUGCUGGCGCAGCUGGCCACGUCGGUGUCGCUGGCGCUGCGCUUCGCGUCGGACCGGGACCUGCUGCUCCGCCCGUCCCAGGCGCUGGCGCUCGACCCGCUGCUCCUCGCCGCCGCGCGGGCCGUGUCCCGCCUCCUGGCGCUCCUCCCGCUCCACCUCCAGACCAUCACGCUCACCUCGCUCUCGCUCUCCCCGCCCACCCCGCCGCCCUCGCUGCCCUCCUCCUGGUUCCUCCGCCUCGUCUCCGCCUCCCCCGCCCUCCCGGACUCCGCCUGGCGCGACGCCUUCCGCAUGUCCCGCCCCGCCUUCUACGCGCUCCUCCGCUCCCUCGCGCUCCCCGACCCCGCCGACCCCGCCGCCGCCUCCUCCUCCCUUUCCCUCCCUGCCGACCACAAGCUCGGCGCCGCGCUCUACCGGCUCGCGCACGCCGCGCCCGCGCGCGCCGUGGCGCGCCGCUUCGGCCUCCCGUCGCCCGCCGACGCGGCCCGCGCCUUCUACGAGGUCUGCCGCGCCGUCGCCGACCGCCUCGCGGCCCUGCUCGACCUCGCCGCGCCGGACCGCAUCUCCCGCGCCGUCCCCGGCUUCUGCGCGCUCUCCCUCCCCAACUGCUGCGGCGCGCUCGGGUACGCGCGCUUCGGGGGCGCCGCGGUCACCGCGCAGGCCCUGGUCGACGCCGAGGGCCGCUUCCUCGACGUCUCCGUCGGCUGGGACCCGUCCGAGGCGCCGCCGGAGGUCCUGCCGCGGACCAAGCUCUACACCUCGCAGUCGCUCGUGCUCGCCAACGCGCCCCACGGCGAGCUCAUCGGCGGCUCCGUGCCGCGCUACUUCCUCGCGCCCGCCUGCUGCCCGCUGCUGCCCUGGCUCGUCACGCCCUACAGGGACGCCGGCGACGACGGCACGUCCAAGGAGCGCAUCUUCAACGACGUGCACGCGCAGGGGGCGCGGCUGGUGAGGAGCGCGUUCGGCCGCGUGCGCGCGCGGUGGCAGCUGCUCGAGGAGUGCUGGAAGGGCGAGUGCCAGGAGGCGCUGCCGUACGUCGUGGUCGCCGGCUGCCUGCUGCACAAUUAUCUCAUCAAGUGCGGCGAGCCGAUGCCUGACGCGGCGGCUCCGGUGGACGCCGGCGCCGACGCGUUUGCGGACUUCGAGGGGGAGAAUGACAAGGAAGGGGAGAGGAUCCGGGAUGUUCUUGCCGUGCAUUUGAGCUUGGUGAGCCGUACCCAGUGAGGCAGUGUGUGAGCUAGUGAGCAAUUUGUGUGUGCUCUGCAGUUUUCCUUGGUGUACAUAUUAGUCUGAAUCUGAAUCCCCCAGCAUCGCCUGGAUUGCCCCCUGUAUGAGUAUGAGUAUGAGUGAUGCCGAGCUUCUGCCGGAGCUGCCUCUGUUCUAAUGAUGUACUCUUGCCGAUUCAGUUGA